AUGAAGCUGUGCGACUACUGCAUCGCCAACGUCUUGGAAAGCGACGUCUCCUGGGACUUCCAUAAUCACUCUUAUGACGCUCUGACUCCAUCGUCGAAGUAUCGAUGCCUCUUUUGUUCGACGCUUCGAAAAGACAUCAGGCGAGUGGCGCCGUGGUUGAAGGAGUCUGACUAUGCAGAGUCCUGGCCAGUUUAUCGCUGGAGCAUCAGGAGUCUGGCCAAGAUUCGAGAGAGUCCGGAGACAGCGGUCGUGACGUUUCGAUAUGUGCCUCCGAAGAAGAGACUUGCCGUCGGAGUGGACGCAGAUCUAGACAAUAUUGAUCUCCCAACGAGAACCUUCUUCCUCUUUCCUGACGAAGAUUUGCAGCCUCUACCGACGCUGCUACAACUUGGUCGGUCGACAAAUCCAAGCGUGAACGGCGGUCGUCAGAUCCGCGAGUGGGUCGGGAGGUGCGACCAACAGCACACAGACUGCAUGAGACGAAGGAAGGCCACCCCAAAAGCGUCUCGUUUCAUCCCAACCCGUCUGCUAGAUAUCAGUGGACCACCCGAGUCCGCUAUUCGGGUAAUAGAGACCGCGACAACGACUGUUCAUGGGCCAUACUGUUCUCUGUCGCACUGCUGGGGAAAGCCCGACUUCGUCCAAUUACGCGAUAACAACAGGAAGUCGUUCAUGACUGACGGUGUGUCGUGGAACAUGCUCACCAACAACUUCAGGCAAGCCAUCGAGGUUGCUCGCUUUCUUGAGAUCGGGUACAUCUGGAUCGACAGCCUUUGUAUCAUCCAGGGCAGUGCAGAGGACUGGGUACGUGAAGCAAGUAAGAUGCAUCUGGUGUACAGGAAUAGCUACUGCAAUAUCGCGAUCGCGGACUCCGUAGGUCAGUACGGGGGCGCCUUUCGUAGUCGUGAACCCAUGGAUGUGUCUCCAGUCGAGUAUACGCCUCGCGAAGCUUCAUCCAUGUUCACUGGCAAGAAAUGGAGGGUUGUACCUGAAGAUCUAUGGGAUCGUGAGCUAUUACAGUCGAGUUUGUACACGCGUGGGUGGGUGUUCCAAGAAAGAAUGCUGUCACCUCGGAUUCUCCAUUUCACCCGGGGCCAGGUGUUUUGGGAUUGUCCUUCUCUGAGCGCUUGUGAAAGUCUUCCGGCCGGCUUACCAAAACCCAUGGAUAAGACAUCGAAACCCGACAGACACUGGAGAGGCCGCCUCCAGGAACCCGAAGGCAGUCGCGAUCUCGCCGGACCAAAUGAUCAGCCUCUCUCCGUUUACUGGCAAAGUGCGGUUCGGAAUUACACGAGCUGUAACCUGACACAACGUUCUGACAAGCUCAUUGCACUCUGGGGUAUUGCAAAACUCAUUAAAGACAGCAUGGGUGUGGAGUACGGCGAAGGCCUCUGGGAAGACAACCUCGAAGAUCAGUUAGCGUGGCGGGUUGCUGAGUGCAAACUCAAGGAGCGCCCUGUCACAGAAAGGCGAAAGAUCCCGUCUUGGUCAUGGGCGUCCAUGGACGGCGAGAUCAUAAUCGCCGACAGACUCUCCGACAAGAGUCAUCGCACAGUGUGCGACCACAACGGUCGUGACCUCGAACUCGAUCUCAAAGGCGUGAAGCGUUACGCACGGCCGUCGUUGCCUUCGAGACCUCGAGGUCCGGGACCGUUUCUGCCGCAACGAGUCCAGAGCGAUAGUGUACUGGAAGUCAAACAUGCAAAGACGAAAGCUCAGAAGGAUAUAGGCCACUACGGUCAGGGUGAAAAGGCCGACAAAGUGGAUGAAAAUGCCGAGCCAGUACUUCACAACUACGCUAUAGCUAUCCAAGGGCAUAUCAACCACGGUAUACUUCGCUUCAGCGAGACUAGAAGAGCAUGGGUUCUACGAGUACACGAUGAAAAUAAUUUCGAAAUGGAAGCCUAUCCAGACACUAUCCCAAGCCUGAUGAACGGCGAACACCCGUCAAAGUUUGUGGUACUGUCAGUAAAGAAAGUGGUAAAACUGAAGGCAGAGAGCAUGCAGACACAUGGCAGCGGAGAUAUAGAGUUCGAAGGUCGUGGUAUUCUUCUAGAGUCUGUUGAUAAAGAAGAAGGAGAUCGGUUUCGCAGAGUGGGUGCGUUUGACUUCCGCGGUGCAAACGCGGAGACAUUCAGUAGGCUGUUAGUGACCGCUGGCAGUGAGAAGCUUCCGCCUCAGGAAUAUAGUGCGAGAUUGGGGAGGAAGUUUUGGUUAGAAUAG